AUGAGAAGCAUUACCGGGAGGUGCCUCAACCUGUUGAUCGCCGUUUAUGUGCUUUUUUCCAAACAUACUAUGUGCCUAAGGAAGAAGCUUCUAUUUAACUUUCUGGGGAAGGGAAAAGUGGUCCUGUUGGUGAACGUGAGGAGGAAGAGUCUAUUUCGCGUGAGUAAUUGCUACGUGAACAAUUUGAUAUACACGAGUGAGGAUGACAUAUAUAGGAUAAACCCGGUGGAUAGCUGCGCCCCGAGGGGGGGUGGAAAUGAGGAGAUGAAGUCAGCGGAUAAGCUGAGGAUAGCCGAAGUGGUCGGCCAGUCGAUCGAUGAGUAUAGCGAUGGGUCGAUCGAUCAGCCUACCGAUUGCUCUACCGAUGGCUUGAUCUAUGCGUCUACCCAUCAGUCUACCUCCGGGGCGAGCAUCAUCUCGAACAGCAAUUUGGACAACUUGGCGGAUGAGGAAGGAAGCGAUAGACUGGAUAGCGGCACUGACGGGAGCAGCAACUCGACGCCUCUCCGCAACCAGUUCGAGCCAUCCGACUACGAACUGCAAAUGUACAAGAACAAGUGGAAAAUACCUAUUUACUGGAUAAAGAAAUUAGAGAGGCUGAAAAAUAUGAACGCCAUUAAUUGUGUAGAGCAUUUGAAGGAUGAUAAUCUGCUGUACUUUGACAAUUACAAAAAUAAAGGAUUGCUAAAAUUCCUAAAUGAAGAGAAAAAAAAGUACAGUAACUGCAUUAUUCUGGUAAGGGUCGGAGAUUUUUAUGAGACCUAUGGGCUGGAUUGCAUAUUCCUAAUCGAAUUUUUAAACAUAAAAAAGAUGAACAAUAAGUUGUCAUGUGGAUUCAUCAAGACGAGCAUCAACAAAGCUCUCCACAUCCUGACGAGUAACAAUUUGAAUAUCUGUGUGUAUGAGGAGAUGAAUGAGAAGUCGUUGAAGAUGAAGAAGAGGUACCUCUCUCAGAUUGUAACUCCUGAGUUUCCCAUUUAUCUGAACAAUAUACAGUACUGCCAGGGGGAGAGUAAUAACACGGAUGAGUCCACCGAUAAAGGGAAUAACCUCUUUUUCCAGUCGUACGAUUUGGAGGACCACUUCGUGGUGAAAGAAAUUGUCUGCAUUUACAUCGAAAGUAGGAAUAUCUUUUCCCUAUCCAAAAUUAAUCUAAGUUUGAAGACCAUUUCUAUAUUUGACAACAUAACUUUCGAUGUGUUAAAUGUUUAUUUGAAAAAUACGAAUUUUUUAAAGGCCUACAUUCAUCAGCAUCAUAACUCCAGCUUUACUAAGAAAAUUACGCAGCUGUUUCGGGUGGAAAACUACUACCUUUUUAGCAACUUCUCCAGCAGUCUGCGCUUCCAUCUGUUUAUUCUGGACAAGCUGAAGCGGCAGAUAAAUGUGGGGGGCCUCUUCAGGCUGAUAAGGAACAAGAGUGUGUUCCGCGUUGGGGGUAGCGAUAGCCACACGGGGAUGAGUAGCGAUCUGGGGAGGGAUAACCACGUUGGGGGGGACAACCCCGCUAAGGACGCCCACACCUACUACUCCUAUUGCACCCCCCUGAACAUAUUCACAAGUUACAAUAUGGGCGUGUACAGGCAGAACAACUGCUACGAUAACAGAAGCAGCUACCUGUUCUACAACAUAGUGGAUGUGGACAAUAGGGAUUCCAACAGCAUCAACAUUAACGAAUCGAUGGAAUUUUUUAAAAACAUUUUCCUUUUUUACCCCCCCUUUGAGGUGACGAAACAUAUAAGAUACAUAAAUGAGUAUAUUCAGAAGAAUCAAGAGAGGUUAAUCAUCCCCAAUGUUAGACCAUUUAGGAAUAACAUCAUUGUAACGCUUCUCUCAAGCUUCAAAGCUGAUCAUACGACUUUGAAGAAAAUAUUUACCAACGCGCAGGCAGUACAGAAAUGUAUCAGCCGAUUUGAGUACUCCCUGCUGACAUCCAUUUUUCGAGUGAUGAAUCACCAGAAUAGCUUCAAUUUAAAUGUGGUAAAAUUUUAUCAUCUGCUGAAAAGUAUUGAAGACAUUUUGGCGGCCAACUUGGAAUUACAUCCCUCCAGUUUUUCUUACCGGUCUGAAAUUCCCGCCUUCAACGAGUUCGUUUUUUAUCAUGAAAGUGAGGUGCAUAAUUUGGUUAACGAGAAUUUGCUGAAGCAGCAGAAUGAAGAGAUCGUAGCUGCGAGGAAGGAUUUACUCCAAACGGUCAUUCGGGAUUAUGCGAAUCGCGAGGAGAACAAAUACGAUUUAGAUGACUUACACAAAAUCGUUAAGGUUGAUAACACGAAUGACAUUAUUGGGAUAAAGAAGAAGAGGAAGAAUUUCCAAUCUGGUCAUUUCUUUCACCCCUUGAAUAAAAAAUCCGACGUGAUGAAAAACGUCUAUGUGACUGAACAGGUGCAGAGGAAAGUCAGGAGCUAUUUAUCCGCCAUUGACAGGAAGAGGCGCCGAAUCGCGGACAUCAUUCGCGGCGUAAAUGUUCAGCUCUCCUCUUCCGUGCAUAUUCUUUCCUUCGUGUCUAACUUUUUGCAGAUCGUGCAGGCCCUCUACAACCACACCAUAAACAGCAUCAAACGCAAGUGGAGCCUGCCCAUCUGCAAGCACCUAACCGUGACGUACGCAAAGCAGACCUUCGACAAUAUGGACGAGAAGCUGCGUUACAUACAGAAGUGCCUGUACGAUGAGGAGGGAAAUGAAGCAGCGGAGGAGAGCAACCCCGAUGGAACGAACCAUCCUUUGGACCAUCCAGAUCGGCAGCAUUUUAUCCAAUUGAACGAAGAAGAAGAGAAACAGAUGUCACAGAAUGUAGAUCCUGAUUCAGUCGGAGAGGUAAAGAAAAUUUAUAAGGAAAAAAACUACAUGAAUGAAUCUAUUACGUAUAUUUUAGGGGCCAAGCCGUACAAUAUGAGUAAAGACAACCUAGUAAAGUACGAUAUUUUUUUAAGAAAGAAAAAAUUCAUUUUGUUGACUGGCAAAAAUAUGAGUGGCAAGACGACGCUGUCGUUUACGUUGCUGUGUAUCCUUUUUCUGGCCAACCUGGGCAUGUACGCCCCCUGUGAGGAGAAAAGCAUCGUUUCGAAAUUCCGCGAAUUCUACAGCUUAAAAAAUGUCAACUACCAGGAGCAAAUCGAGAACAUGUCCCUGUUCAGGGAGCAGACCUACUACAUAAAUUCAAUAAUCGAGGAGAUCAAGGAAAACUGCCCUUUCUCCAGGCAGUCCUCUCGGGAUGGAGAAAUUUUCAUUCUCUUCGACGAACCUUGCAUAGCGACGACGCCAGUUGACAAUGCGGUCAUCAUCAGCGCCCUGUCGGACUACCUCAAAAACUACUGCGGAAUAAUAAUCACACACAAUUACGACUUGCUGAGGAAAAUUUGCCUGAACGAAAAUAUCGUUUUUAAGAAGAUAAAUGAAAGCAUCAACUAUUUGACAACACAAACGUAUGAACAGAGAGCCACGUUGGAAAAUGGCGUCUGCAAAAACAGCGAAGCGUUGGAGACGUGUAGACACACAAAGGUUGAUGGGAAACUGCUGGACCUCUUAACUUUGUACCAACAGAAAUACAGGCUGAUACAUAAUUUAAGUGACACUCUGUAUUACAAAUUUAUGGAGUACGUAAAAGGUAAACAUGGACAGGAUGGAAAAAGAAGCAUGCACGAUUUUUUUGAAUAUUGUCUGAAUGGCCCUUUGGAGGAAGGGAGAACACACAAAGGUGAUGCUGCCGAGGGAGAGAACAUGAUGGAUGCAAUGGAGCGAGACAGGUGGAAAAAUAUGACACAGUGUUUGGAAUUUUUGCGGAGAGGAAACCCCGAGGAGGGAGCUAGCAAAAGGGGGGAUCAUUUGAAUGGGAAGAGGGAAAAGCCAUAUGUUGGAAGCUUCCCCAACUGUAGGGACGAUCAAAAUUUGCGGAUCGCCGCUCUGGACGCGGAAAUGGAUCGUGAAAUGGAUCGCGAAAUGCAGGAAAAGGAACUUACCGCGGCAAUGGAACAAAUCGAAGAUGCAGUGAAAAGAAAGGUGUUUAAAAUUGCAAUGAAUGAGGAUGUCCCCAUUUUUUUUAAAAACAAAAGUGUAGUGUACAUUUUGUGCAUUUUUGCGCAGACAAAAAAAAAACCAUAUUUUUACAUAGGCAUAAGUGACAACAUUUCCGAGAGGUUAAAAUGCCACACGAGGAAUUUAUUAAACAAGAGAAAUCUUUUAAAAAAUGAAAAAAAAAAUAAUAUACUGAAUUAUAAAUUUGACAUGGAUUCCUUCUACACACUUUUGUUUCACGUGGAAAACAAAAUGUUCGCGUCCAAAUAUGAGCGGGAGUUAUCCGAUCUACUAAAACGCGAAUAUGACAUUUUGUCCAAGUAG